AUGUUGCCAGCGACACUUUCACAACGAGAAAUUGAGCCGACCUCUUCGUUUCCAAGUGUUUCUGCGUAUUUCGAUGAGGAUUAUUUAGUAAAAUCGCUUCGAAGAACAAGUGUUCUCGACGGGCACAGCGGACCUGUAAAUGCGUUGAGAUGGAAUAAAAAAGGAACUCUUCUAGCAUCUGGAUCGGAUGAUAAAAAGAUCAAAAUUUGGCAAAAUGGAACUAACAAUUUAUUGCAUUCACUAGAGGAUGAUAACUUGGCAAAUAUAUUUUCUGUGGAAUUUUUGCCGGGCUCAAAUGACAAUGUUAUUUUGAGCGGUGGCGAUGAUAAACUAUUACACAUCAGUCAUAUUGAAAGUGAGUUAUUCUUCUCCCGAUAAGGAGAAUUUAAGUUAGAUUAUUUUUAUUUUCAGACAAUGUUUCGAACACAAUAAGUGUUGAUGCGGUUGUGCGAAGAAUAUGCACUUUGGAAAGUGAGCCGAAUAGUUGUUGGCUGGCAACAGAAGACGGACAUUUGCGACAAAUUGAUACGAGAAUAAAUGAAGUCAAUAUAUUGAUGUCUUUCCCGGAAAGUUCGGCGAUUAUUAAAACUAUGGCGGUUUGCGCCGAAAGACCGUUUAUUGUGAGUUUUUUGAGAGGUUUUUGCGAAAAAAUCUAGUAUUUUUCUGAAUUUCAGAUGGCCCUUGGAUUGGAUGAAGCUGAAGUGCCGCUUUAUGAUCGUAGAAUACCUUCGCGACCAUUCCUUAAACUCAAACCGGGUGAUAGUCAUACAUAUGAACAUAGAACAAAUCAUGUAGAAUUCAGUAAAAAUGGCCAGGAAUUAAUUGUGAAUCAAUUGGGCGGAUCAAUUGUAAUAUUCGAUACACAAAGAGGAAAGAAUCCUCAAACCCUUGAUGAUGCCUAUAAAUUACUCGAAGAUCCCGGCGAAUUCGAGAUGAUUCUUCGCGACAAUUUGCCAUUUGAAGAACUUCGAAGUCCACGAACACACAUUUUAGUGGAGAAGAAUUAUUUGAAAGGAUAUGAUUAUUAUGGCGAAUUGAUGGCGACGACGAAAACGACGGAUUUGAGAUUUUUGAGUGUUUUGCAUUCGAAUCGAGCGACUUGUUUGAAUGAGAGAUUAUAUCCUGGUGACUGGUGGCAUUCGAUAAAGGAAUGUGUGAAAGCGUUGAAACUGCAUCAGGGAAAUUCGAAGGCGAUUUGGCGGAUGGGACAAGCGGCAGUGAGGAUGGAGAAUUAUGAUUUGGCGCAGAAAUGUUGCGAGGUUUUUAAAAAACGAUUCCCCAAUGAUCAAUCAAUAUCGAAAAUUGAAAAGCAGGUUUGGUUUCAGAUUUUUUUUUUAAUUUUUUGAUUUGCCACGUGGAUUUGAUCGCGCCAAAAUUUAUGAAUUCAAAAUUUUCACGUUGAUUUUUUAGCGCCAAAAUGUCGAAAUUCAAAUUUUUUUAAUUUUUGAUUUGCCACAUGGAAUACACUUGAAAAAAAUUGCCACGUGGAUCACAAUUUCAGUAUUCCACACGUUUUUGUGCUCCAGGACAAAAAUUUAUCAUUUACUACGAAUUCUGGCUCAAAUGUUGCCUUUUUUGGUCCAGGGCUCAAAAUUUAAAAUAUCUGUUUCAAAAAGUCGAUAAUUUUCGCUCCAGGACCCAAAUUUUAUGAUUUUUCUCAAACUUUACCUCGAAAAAAUCCCAAUUUUUACGAUUUGCCCCUCAAAAUCACCCUCACGUACGUGGUUUUGUUUUUUUUACAAUUUCGAGACCUGCACCAAAAAUGGUAAAGUUUGAUCCAGAAUUUGUAAUAAAUGAUAAAUAUUGGGUCCCGGAGCUGAAAUUAGCAAUUUCUGAGCUACAAUUCGAGAAAAAUGAUACAUUUUUGGUGCCGUAGUGAUCAAAACGUGUUUUUAUUUUGUGAAGUAAACCUUUUCUGAAUUUCAUACUUUAACAUUGAAGAUUUUGAGAGGUGCUCCUAAUUUUCGUUAUCAGGCUUUGUUCAAAAAAUGUUCCCAAAUAUUUUUCGAAGCCUCAAAACAGCUCUUCUAUUUUUCUCUCAAUUUUUUCCUUUUUCUCUAUCGAAAAUCCAUAAUUUCCAGCUCGAACAACGUUCCGAAUUCCCAUCCCGUGCAGCUCGAAUUCGCUAUGAUAUCAUGGAUUAUAAGGAGAGAUAUUUGGGAAGAUAUAACAACAACACAAAUAUCAGACAGGCCAACUUUUUCGGAUCCAAUGAUCAAUAUAUUGGUGAGUUAUAUCUUUUUGUAGCUAUUGUAGAAUUUCAAAAACUUUUCUUUUUGUAAGUUGGUGGAUCUGAUUGUGGUUCGAUGAUUGUUUGGUCGCGAGCAACUGGAGGAAUUUUGGGAAUGUGGAAAAGCACGUUGAAAAAUGCGAAUAUUUGUGAACCACAUCCGGAAUUGUUGAAAAUUGCCGCGUCUGGAGAGGCUCCACAUAUUCGAAUGUUUGAGUGUUGUUUUGACGAGAAGCCGAAACGCGAUGAAGAGGAGGUUUGUGGAAAUUUAAAAGUUAUGACGUGGCAGAAGGGAGGAUUUUCCUAGAGAUUUUUUGAAUUCAAAAAUCAAAAUUGUCCGAAUUUUUGAAACAAAGUUGUUUUUAAUUUCAAAAAAAUUUUUUCAAAAAUUUCAUGAAUUUUCAAAAUAUUCUGAGAAUAUUUGAUGGAUUCGUGUUGAUUGUUUUACAAUUAAAAUUUUUUGGAGACAAAUUAACACUUAAACAAAAAUUAAAGCAUGUGUCUUUAAGGGGGAUGUCUUUCUACGGAAAAAAAUUACUGUUUCAAAAAUUUAAUAUUUUCAAAAUGAAAAAUUUUCAACAAUAUUUCAUAUUCUAACAGAGGGGGAAUGUUAAUUUUUCGAAUUUUUAUCUGAAAAAAAAUCUAAUUCUUGAUCAUCGGAACCUUUGCCACGUCAUAACUCGGUUUCACCACUCAGCGCGUUCAAAUUCUACAUUUUCCAGGAUGAUGAUGGUCCAUACGAGGACCCUUAUAAAUACUUGAAAGAAUAUUCAUCGCAACGAACCAUCAAUCUUGUCACCGCUUAUAAUAAUGCAGUAGAACGGCGUCAAGGCAGAGUUCGUCGACAUUUUAGUCUUGAUGUUCAUGCUGGUUUUGACAGAGACUUCGAGAGAGAUUUCAAUCCGCGUAUUUAA